UUUGUUUCUAUAGUUAUGUUAAAAUUAUUAAAAUACUAUAACUUCAUAUAAGUUAAAAUUUUGACAUAUCAAUUAUAAAGUUCACCUUACGACGUGUAGUUCCACCGCCGUCAUCAGCACCAACACCAGCAUAAUCAACAUUUUCAUUAUUAGACAUCUUCAUCCAAAAAAAAAAAAAUUAGUAAACAUAAAAAGGUACUCUAUUAUUUAAAACGAUCUAUAAAGCUAAUGCAAGUAAAAAAAUGAAAAUAUGAUUUUCGCAUAAAGAAGAAGACAGAAAAACUGAACAUAAGCUUAUUGGUUUCUUCAAGAAAAAAAAAUAUAUCUUUUGGAAGUAAAGACGAAGAAGAAGAUAGAACACAGACGUCAAGCUUAUUAGUUUUUGCAAGUAAAAUAUGAAAAUAACUUUUGCAAACAAAAAAAGAAGACAUAAGAAAACAUACCUUAAACUUUGUAGGUUUUGAAAGUGCAUGAUCCACACUAACUUAGGGUCAUAUAUAUAUAAUUUUAUAAUUGGUAUUUUUGAAUUAUUAUAUCAUAUUAACGCUUAAGAUUUUGUUUAAUAAUUAGUUAAAAUUUUGAAUAAUUCAAAAAAAUAGGAACAAGAAAGAUUAUAAAAAUCUUUAACCAGCUCAAAAUUAGGUGGACUCAACUUGGCACACGUAAGUUUUCAAAAAUCAUUAUUUUCUUUUUUAUUUUUUAAACAGAAAAAGUAAUUAAAUUUAUAAAUCAACUUCUAAUACAUGGAAAUUUGGUUGAUGUUGAUUCAAGUUUUGAUUUAGCAAUUUUACAAAGGAUCUAAGUCAAAAUGAUACCUCAAGUACAAUACAUGUUAAAUCAAACUUAAAAUCAAAAAAAUAAUUUUAAUGCAUGAUUGGUAACAUUUUUGAGUUACAAUCACAAAUAAAACUUAAUCAAGUUUACCACAUGUCACCAAUCAAAGCCAUAAUAAAGAUUCAAAAUUUUCUUUGAUUUUAGAGAAAUUGAUAUUCUAUCAAAUUUAGUGCAUUCUUUUAAAAUCCAUAAGAAAAGUAAACAUGAAAGUUAUGUAAAUGCAUUAAACCCUCAUAACUACUACAAAAAUUAUUAUUUAAGAAUUCUUUCAAAUUCUAUUAAAUUCUUGGAUUGAAUACCACCCCCUUAAGAAUUAAAAUGGAAACAGCUCUAAUUAAUCAAAAGAGAAAAAAAGUGGAAACAGCUAUAUCCCUAACCGUUUAGGCCUGGCCAACCACCAUCCCGAGAAUAACGAUGCACUUGUAACAUGCCAAGAGAGCUACAAGAAACCAAACAGGAGGAAAAAGUAAAAGCUUCCAAUCAUCAUGUAUCGCAUCCACCACUAGACUGAAAGAAGCGGCAAGAAAUCCUGCUGCAAAGUCACAAUCUUCAUCUAUAAGGAAACUGACCAUCAGAUGUAUGAUGUGGAGAUUGUAGGAGACCCAAAACAGAGCCAUCCAAAGCCUUUUGCCCUUCUUAAAUUCACCAUCUAGCAUUAGAAAAACUCAGAGAGUCACGGUCUUUAACAACUAUGUUGUCAAUACACGCAAACUUGGACGAAGUCGAACUGCCACUGGCCACUCACUACAAGAAAACACAUUUUUGCCGAUUGACUUUACCGACUGAUUAUGCAGUCGCUAUAUUUACCGACUGAUUCACGACUGAAUAGCGACUAUGCAACGACCGAAAUAAAGCAGUCGGUAAUUCGUGUCUUGCGAAUCAGAAAAAAAUAAAAAAAUCAGAAAAAAUAAAAAAAAAUCAGAAAAAAACAAGGAAAAAAUCAGGAAAAAAUCAGAAAAAAUCACAUAAUGGGAGGUAAUUACAACUAUACUAACUUUCAAGAUUGGAUGUACAAGAGGAUCGAUGAAGAAACGGGGAAUUUCUCGGAAGAGUUCACAACGGGAGUAUACCAAUUCAUGGCAUUUGCAAACAGUCAGCCUCUAACACAGGAUAAUAAUGGUAAAUUCUUUUGUCCAUGCAGUGUUUGCAAAAAUGAGAAAUUUAUCCCGGAGCAACGAGUUUUGAAACAUAUAUAUAGUAAAGGGUUUAUGCUUGACUAUUAUGUGUGGUACAAGCAUGGAGAAGAACUCGAUAUGGCUUUAGGCACAAGUUAUGCUAAUCCGACGCAUUUAAGUGGUAGUGAAGAACACUCGAGGUUUUAUGUUUCAUACCCAAACGCAUGGUGAGGGACAAAAGACUUGCAACUAUGGAGUAUGUGCUAAAGGAGAGAGUUAUACAAAUGCAGCUGAUGAAUCUCAGUACCACGGGAUCUUAACAGAUAUCAUACAAAUCGAGUACGAGGGGAUAGUCGAUUUGAAAAUCACACUUUUUAAGUGUAAGUGGUAUGACCCUGUUAUUGGUAGAGGCACUCGGAGAAAAAAUGACGGAAUCGUGGAUGUUCUCUCAUCGAGAAAAUACUACAAAUAUGAUCCAUUUAUUCUAGGUAAGUUUGUUAUAUUCCAUAUCCGUAUGUAAGGAAACCGAAGCAGUCUUGGCUCAAUGUUCUAAAAGUGAAUCCGAGGAGAAUCAUUUUCGGAAAAUAUGAAGAAAAAGAUCUAGUGACUUUGCAACAAGAAAACAAUGAUGCUGUUAUGAUGACCACAGUUGAAGACCUUGAAGUCGACCAUUUGGUACAUGCUCCUGGAGAACCGAUCAAUAUUGAUUUCGACGUGGCAGAUGCAGAACCUAAUGAUGAAUUCCGAUGUAAUUUAUCAUAAUUCAGAUGAUGAUGAAGAUGGAGAUGAAGAUGAACCAUACUAAGUUGAUUAAUUAAGUACUCAUAUGUAUAAUAUUAUCUUGUAAUAUGAUGUUCUAAACUUCGGUUACCAUAUAUAAUAUUAUGUUUCAUAUAUAUGUUAUACACUUUAUUUGUCAUAUUUAAUAUACUAUGUUGUAAUAUGAUGUUAUUUUUGAUUUAGGGAUUAUGGUUUCGAUUUUGGGAUUAGGGUUUCGAUUUAGGGGUUAGGAUUCAGGUUUAUUAUGUACAUUUUUAUUUGCCUCCAAAAGUUCUUAAAUCGCAAAAAACUUUUAAAAUAUAUGUUCUAAUAUUUAAUUAUGUAUAUUUGUAUUUUCAAAUUUAUUUUCAAAAUUAACGACUGAUUACCUACUGAUUACCGACUAUUCAGCCAAAAAUUCGGUUUUGCCUCCAAAAAUUAUUGAACCGCGAAAAUAUUUGGUUAUAAUUUGAUAUUGAAUUUCAAUUUAAUUUUCAUUUUAAAAAAUGGUGACUGAAUUCCGACUGAUCUAAACCGCGAAAACCCAAAAUUUUAUUUCAUUUUUGGACCUAAAGCCCGCGUGAACCAAAGCCCAAGAGGUUAUUACCCUUUCUGUUUUCGCGAAAGAAGAAACCCUAAUCUCUGACUCUCAAUCUCGACGGCCACUCUCUGAUAACCGACGAUCUUGAUCUCGAUCUCUCCCACUGAUCUCUCCCACUCGAUCUCUCCCACUGAUCUCUACCACCGAUCUCUCCGAAUAUGGGUGGAAAGAGGAAGCGAAAUACCAUCAAACCGAACACCUCUCGGGUUACACAACGCCCGUCUACUUUACCAACUCAGUAUGACUUCGUACCGAGGGAUCCAUCUCCGUCCAUCCCACCCGUUCUCCCUAAGAAAAAUCAUCUCCCUAAGAACAAUCCUCUCCCGUCUGUUCGCGAUUAUCCUCCUCCGAGAAAGCUUUUUCCGACAACGAACUUCCCACCUUCUCAAUCAGCUAUGUCGCCUCUCACUCCAGCUGCUGCGACGUCUCAACCUCAACAGUGACAAACUCAGUCGACUGAACAUAUGAACACACUUCCUCCAAGUCAAGCGGCUCCAGUUCGAGCAUCUCAAUCGCCUCACAGUUCUGAAGAACAAAAUUCUCAUUUUCCAGAAGAGGAGGAGGAGGAUAUGUCCGAUGUAGAGGCUCCGGUUCAACCUAAUCUCGCCUCUGACCAUUUGGUUCUUUUGAACUCCCUCCUAAACCAGCCAGGUCGAGCGAAGAACACAACUGUCCUGUCUCGCAACCUUGAGCCUGAAACCACAUGGUUUGGUUAUGACAAGUCGAGCUUGUCUAGGAAGAUUACCAAGACUUUAAGGAACAAGUUUAAUAAGCCUUUCUACAGCUGGACUCAAGUGCCUAGAGACAGACAAGAAAAUUACUUUUUGGAAUUUGCCAAAACUCACACAUGGGAUCCAUCAUUGACUGGUGUUGUGCAAGAACAUUUCGAGGCCAUUGCUCUGUUACGACUGAAAGACAUGGUCAGCGAAGUAAGGACUUCUCGGCAGCAGCCUGAUUGGAUACGCGACACACUGUGGAAAACAAUGACCGACUAUUGGGACACUGACGCUGCGGUUGCAAAGAGUGCUACAGCAUCAGCAUCUAGAAUGUCUGACCGUCAAGGUCUUGGCUUUCACACGCAUAACUCUGGCCAGAAGUCUUAUAUGCAGCUCCACCAAGAGAUGGUGAGACCCUACUGCUUAGUUGUUCAAUGUGAUAAGUAUGUUUGGUUUUUUAACAUUUUAUACUGAUAUUUUCUUCCAUUUUACUUCAGGUUGUUGAACUGGGAAGACAAUGAGCUUUGGUGAAGUAUUCAUCAGAUCUCAUACAAAGUCUGAUGGAACCUUUAGUGAUUUCAAAGCUGAACAAGUUAUUGAGGCUUUCAAGAACAAAAAAUAAGCUAAGUUGGCCACCCUUGAGACUGAUGAUCAUACCGAGACUGGACAGCAUCCACCACUAUCAAUAGAAGAGGAGAAUGAGCUGUUAUUCAGGUUAGGGUUUCUUACUGUCAAAACUUCAUGUCUCUCACUAUUCAUUUUGGUUGUUAUUGCUUGUUAUUGAUAUAGUCUCUCACUCAAUAUUUUCUUUUUUGUAGGUCACUUUCACCAAUGACAGGGGGCAAAUUUAUGGCCUUGGAAGCUUGAAGAACCAACUUAAUAAAGUGGUAUAUGACCCAAGAAGCUUGUCCUCUUUCAUCCAAAUGCAACAGCAACUUGAAGAAGCUCAACGCCAAAUCAAAGAACAAGCUGCUCUUCUUGCAAAGGCUGAGGAAGAUCGUGCCCAAGCUGCUGCUGCUGCGGCAAAGGCUGAGGAAGAACGUUCCAGAGUUAUAGCUACUCAGCAAGCUACGAUCGAUGAGUUGUUAAUGGUUCGGAAGUACAUGGCCACCACAGACCAGAGAUUCUUGGACUUCAUCUCCAAAGAAACAGCUUCAUCUGAUCCCCAUCAUGUUUAGGUCUUGCAUUUCCCUUCUUUUGUACUAAAAACUAUCUUUUUGAUGUGUGAAACUUGUAAACUCUUUGGAGUUGUUCUUUCUGUUUGAAACUUGAAAACUCCUAAGUAUUGGAGUUCUUUUGUGUAUGGUACAUGUAUUUAAAACUUUUAUGAUUUCAAAAUCGUUUUUUGUAGUACUAAAAGAAGAUUUAAAUAACAAAUCAUGAUUUGGACAAGAAAAAACAAUACACCAAAAUCAUACAUUUAACAGCCAAAAAAUAUGGUAAUUAGUCGCAAUACAGUCGCGAAAUCAGUCGUAAAAUUUAAGCAUUUCAGUCGCUAAUCAGUCGUGAUUCGGUAGCAGUUAUAUUUUCCUACUAAGGUAGUUAGUCACUAAGUCAGUCGUGUAAUCAGUCGUUAAAUUCAGUCGCUAAAUGCAGUCGUUAAAUUCAGUCACUAAGCCGUCGUAGUAUAGUCACUAAAUGAGUCGUAAAUCAGUCGCCAAAUUGCCUACUAAUUACCGACUGCAUUUACGACUCACUAAAUGAGUCGUAAAUCAGUCGCCAAAUUGCCUACUAAUUACCGACUGCAUUUACGACUGAUCAAAAUAGUCGUAAAACAGUCGCUAUUUACCGAUUGUUUUACGACUAAAUUAUUUAGCGACGCGGUAUAUUAUGACGACUCUGAUCAGUCGUGAAUCAGUCGGAAACGACCAUUUACCGACUGAAUACCGACUAAUACUGUAGUCAGAAACUACCUGUUUUCUUGUAGUGUACUGCACCCACCAUUGCUGCAUCAUCAUCAUCUCGAAGAAAGAGACCAAGGAAACACUGAAAAAGUCAAGGAAGGACACAAAUAACAUCACAAUGUCGCUUCAUCGUCUCUCCAAGCGCACAUAGCAUAAAAUGAAAAAUGAAGAGGAGGCAAUUGUUGCGAAGUGGGUGGCGAAAAGAUAUUUCCAUGAUUGCGAGACAAAGUUCCGCAUUCCUGUGAGACGUAAUCCAAAAAAGACAAGUACAACAAAAUUCCAAAAUCAAAACCAGGACUAUCAAUAUAUGACAGAGAUUCGAAGGAGAGAAAGAGAUAUUUGAUGUGAACCCUAAACCCUAAAAUAAAACGAUAAAACGACGUCAUAAUCAAGAGAAUCCACUCGACGCAAAUGAAUAAACCGAGAGAGAGAGAGAGAGAGAGAGAGAGAGAGAGAGAGAGAGAGAGAGAGAGAGAGAACCGACCUUGUUAACACAAAGGGAAAAAGAGAUUCCAGAGAUUCAACGACGGAGAGAUUCGAACCAUCAAGAGAAUCGAAGAGCUAGACAGCCGACCUAGCUAACACAAAAUUCCAUGCAAUUAUUUUCCUCACUGCAGGUCAUAUCUAUAGAACUAACUUUGGAAUCGGAUACAACGUCUUAUCAGAAGAAUCCACACUGGAGUGUUGUAAUGGGGCUUUAGCCCAGAUUGAGUUCAAUUUUUAAACCCUUAGCCUAAAAGUCAACAGGGUUCGUCUUAUAAUCCUUGAAGAUGAACAAACUCUACAAAUCCUUAGAGAAACCCGUUCCCACAAAUGAUAAAUAUGUUAAAUAUGUAAUAUUUCGGCCCUUGAUUUUGGCAAAUCUCUGGUAGUUUGCUUUUACACGCCUGUAAUGUAAUAAUAUCUUUAGUUCUUUUGUACCAUACAACUAGUUAAAUGGAAUAAAGCCAAUCAACUUUUUUCACAUGUU